AUGGCGGGCCAAGCUGCGGCUUCGGACGUGCCUCUUGUGGAGCAACCCGAGAAGCAUACCAAGCCCAAACGUCCUCACAAGCCUGCGAAGCCCGGACAUCAUGGCAGGCCCGUACCACCACUACCUGUCGAACCGCCCCCUAACCCAUAUCCUGAAGACACCGAUACAGCUGCACCUGAGCCAGAUGAUGAGCCAGAACCGCCGGAACUUGAUUUCAAACCUCCUCCCAAUCCACCAGAGGAGGGCCCUGGUGAAGCUCAGACUGAUGGACCCGCUGAAGAGGCACCUGAAGCUACCCCAGAAGAGCCUGCAGCUGAGCCUGAAGCUGAGCCUGAAGCUGAGCCUGAAGCUGAGCCUGAAGCUGAGCCUGAAGCUGCACCUACCCCGGAUCAACCUCCCGCAGAUCCUGCACCUGAGCCGGAUACAGAACCUGAAGCUGCCCCCGAAGAACCAGCAGCAGACCCACCAGCUGAAGAGCCUGAAGCUGCAACCGAACCUCCCGAGCCUGUAGAGGAGCCCCCUGAAGAAAAGCCGUCUGAACCUGCCGCUGAACCAACACCUGACGCCGCGCCAGAAGAGCCAGCAGCACAGCCUCCAGUUGAAGAGCCCGAAGCUUCUCCUGCACCAGUUCAGCGUUCGGCAGAUCCUGCACCUGAACCUGUCCCCGAGGAGCCGACAACAGAGCCACCAGCUGCAGAGCCCAAAGUUGAAACACCCGAGGAGGCUACAUCACCAGAACCUGAGCCGGAAGCAGAGCCAACGUUGCAGGUGCCUGCUACAGAGCCCGUUGAGACAGCACCUGUAGAGCCUUCACCACCAGCUGCCGACCCUGAACCUACGCCAGCGCCUGUCGAGAGUGCAGCCGAACCAGAUGCACCAUCUGAACCAGUUCCAGAUGCACCAACAGAACCUCCACCUGCACCACCUGUCGCGGAAGAGCCCGAGGCAGCACCGACGGCUGAACCUGAGGUCGCACCGGUGUCUAGGGCAGUAGAGCCAGAAGCACCAGCAGAAGCAGCACCCGAACCGGAAGCAGCACCUGCAUAUACUGCCGCAGAGACCGAAGACCUGCCUCCUCAGCCUCCAGAAGCGCCAGCGCCGGAACCGGCACCGUCUGUAGCUGAAACAGAAGCACCAGCCCCUUCCGUAGCCACUACUGCCACCAAAACCCGCAAACGCGACAAAGUCAAGCUUCUCGCAGCAAUGCGCGCACCGCCCGAGUCCGUCCCUAUAAUGGUGCUUCUUCGCCAGAAGAAGAAGGCUGGUGAGGACGUCAAGGCCAUUGCAGAUGCCAUGCUCGCGGCUGCGGGAUCUUGA